AUGGCUUCCACUCCUCACCAGUUCCAGAGGGACUUGGCACUGCUAGGCUCUAAACUUCCAGGACUCUGCAAUGUCAACUGUGAUGCUUCUGAUUCCCUGCUACAGCCUCAGCUAGAACACUCUCAGACAGAACUCUGGUCUCACUGGAGCAUGCAAUUCCCAAACCGGAGUCGACCUAACAGCUUGAAGCACCGGUUGGGGACAGAUGAGAGUCUACACUCAAGGGUUUUCCAGAAGCAAGAUGCUGCCGGAGAUGCUAUUCAUGGCUGGGCCACAUAAGGACCCAGUAAAGAAGUGGUCCCUGCUGGACAGACCCUUUACAAACACAAAGAAUGUGAGAAAGUUUUCAACAAGAAUUACCCCCUCCUUGUUCGAUGUCAGCAGAUUCACACUGGAGGGAAGCCUUAGGAAUGCCAAUGUGAAAAAGGAGAUUUUGCUCGACACAUGAGGAUUCAGGCUGGGGAGAAGCCCUGUAAGUGCAUAGAGCGUGGGAAGGUCUUUAACUGGAGGUCACACCUCACGCACCACCAGCAUAUCCACACCGGCAAGAAGCCCUCUAAGUGCAGUGAAUGCAGAAAGACUGUCAACUAUCACUCUGUUUUCAACCAGCCUAAUGUGACCCACAAUGGUGAAAAACCCUUUGGAUGGAAGUGUGGGAAAGCCUUUCACUGCAACUCUUCCUUAACGCGACACAAGGGGAUUCACACUAGAGACAAGCCCCACAUGUUCAGGGAUUAGGCAAGGACCUUCCCUUCUGAUUUUAUUUGACCCCGUGAGAUCCUCACAGCACAAAAGCCCCAUGUGUGUAAAGAACGUGGGGAAGGUUUUCCCUACAGCUUCUCCCUCACUUCACACAGCAGGGGUCACACUGGAGAGAAGCUCUAUGAGGGUAGUGAGUGUGGAAAGGCCUUUGCCUAACACUCUGCUUUGUCCAGCAAGGGACGAUCCACACGAAAGGAAACGGGACACGGGGAUGGUCCUGGAGCUGUGUGGCUUUCAAAGCCAGAGCUCACCACCAAUUCUCCAGCCUGUCAGCCUGGUCCGUGGGUCUGCUCCAGAGCCAUGGAAUCUGAGGACUCGAGGCCUCUGAUCGGUGAGAAAAGCAGUGACUUCCCAGGACGGCUUUCCUCCCUGCUGUUCCCCAUCAGCAAGAGCGUGCUGACACACAGGCUGAUGAGCUCCGAGACUUCUCGCGUGUGUCCUUCCUGCCUCACCCCUCACCGCCUGUCAGCCCCUGUUGUCGCACGGCUCUCGCUCAUCCCCUCGCUGCUCACACUGGUCUAG